AUGUCUGGAGUUUGGGUAUUCAAGAAUGGAGUUUUUCGUUUGGUAGAAAAUGGGUCAGGAGACGAUGAAGGUAAAAGAAGAAGAAAGGUUUUGAUACACUUAGCAAGUGAGCAAGUGGUAUCAUCCUAUUGUUGUCUUGAAAGAAUUCUAAAUGGUUUGGGAUGGGAAAGGUAUUACGGAGGUGAUGCUCAACUUUUUCAAUUCCACAAGCAUUCUUCCAUAGACUUGAUUUCACUUCCUAAAAAUUUCAACAAGUUCAACUCCAUUCACAUGUACGACAUUGUCGUUAAAAAUCCUAACGUUUUCCAUGUCAGAGAUGUCCUUUAA